UUUGCAGAGGCAAGAGAGCCCCGGCAGGAUCAGAUACAGGAGAGGGUUUCUGCCACUGAAAUUCAUCACAUUCAUAUACAGACUCUAUUUAACUCAUUUGGACUCAACUGAAGGGCAGAUUGCUCCAUUCAACAUUUGUGAACCCUGGACUCUACUGGUACUUCACUGGACUUUAUUUUGGACUGUACUGGACCCAACUGGACUUUCUAAGGGAUUUCAUUGGACUGCAUUGGUUUCUAUUAGUUUUGUAUAGGAUCUGGUAAAAAUCUGCUUUACUGUGCCAGCAGUGCUGAAAAUUUGCUGAUGAAUGAAUUUUGACGGAUUCUACUCUGCAGGGCUAUUUGUUUAAUUUGUUUGGGCGAUCCAAGGUAAAUUAAAAUAAUCCAAUGUCAGUGGUAGAGUUAUCUGUCUCAGAUUACUUUGAGUAAAAGAUCAAUCAGACCGGAUUUAUUGUUUAAACACACAAAAAUCUGGUUUGGCAAAUUGUUAGAUUAAUUGAGGUGGGUGGAUCUCGGUCAGGUUUGUUUGAACAGGAGGUCAAAAAAAUAGUUAUCUUCCUUUUAUUAGGGUUAUUUAUUUUGGCUGCAAAGUCAAAGUUUGAAUGCUGGCCUAGUUUAAACCUCAUGUCUUGGUGGAGGAUGCAAACGACCAUCAGGAGCAGUAGCAGCUGCAGCAGCAUGAGUCUCCUGUGUGUCCUGUGGCUGCUGAUGGUCUGUCUGGCUCCUGGAAGCCGAGGCCAGAGGCUGAAGGAGUCAGACGGGGCGCAGCCAGCAGCCAGGGCUCAGCUGGCGGAGAGAGACGCGCUCUGCCACCCGGAGGGAUGCUACGCUGUCUUCCUCCAGAAGAGAAGCUUCAGGGAGGCUGGGCGGAGCUGCCGGGAGCGAGGUGGGACCCUGGCAACGAUGCACACCCACGAGGCAGCGGGUGUGGUCCAUGAGCUGCUGUCGGCCAUCGAGGGGACCAGGUCAAGGCUUCGCCUAUGGAUCGGGCUGCAUAGACCACCACGCCAGUGCUCAUCCACACGACCACUAAGAGGAUUCGUCUGGGUCACAGGAGACCAGGACGGCCAGUUCACCAACUGGCUCCGUGAAGACACCCCUGGGACUUGUGCGGCCCCUCGCUGUGUGGCCAUGACCAUCCACACUUCUGAGAGUGGACGUGAGAACAAUGACAAUUUCCGGUGGCUGGACGGCUCCUGUGCACUGCCCUUGGAUGGAUAUGUUUGCCAGUACAACUACAAAGGAAUGUGCGUACCACUUAAGGAUGAGGGCAGUGGUCCAGCUAUUUACACCACCCCAUUUCACCUCGUCAGCACACUGCUGACCCAUGUGCCUUAUGGGUCUGUAGCGGCUCUACCAUGCCCUGCAGGCGGCUCAGACCCAGAGGAUCCUGCUGAGCAGACAGUGCUGUGCAUGGAGAGAGAUGACGAGACGGUGGGCUGGUCCAGGGAUGCCCCUCUCUGCUCGUCUGGGGAAGCUCCAAAGAACCAGGACUGGUGCAGUGGGGACCAUGGCUGUGAGCAGUACUGUCAGAACACAGACACAGAUUACUACUGUUACUGCUCAGAGGGUUUUACGAUAGAUGAGGACGGAUACAGCUGCAAGCCUGAUCCCCUGACACAAACUGACACCCCUGAACUGUCCGCUGAUUCAGCUGGUCCCACUGAGCAGUCCCAAAUGAAAGAGAUCUGUGUAGAGAUGGGGUGUGAGUACGACUGUGUGGAGACACAGCGGGGCAUCCGCUGCACAUGUCCCCCGGGCUACCAGAUGGGUCCAGAUGGCCGCAAAUGUUCUGAUGUAGACGAGUGUCAACAACAACCAUGCCUGCAACUCUGCGUCAACAUCCCAGGCACCUUCCACUGCACCUGCCACUCUGGGUACCAGCCAGAUGAUGAGGGCGAGUGUGUGGACAUAGAUGAGUGCCUCGAUGAAGCCAGCUGUGAAGGCACUUGUGAAAACACAGUGGGGUCCUUCACAUGCUUGUGUAACCCCGGGUAUGAGUCAGGCAGCGGAGGAGAGUGUGUGGAUAUAGAUGAGUGUGUGGGGGAGUCGCCCUGUCAGCAGCAGUGUCUCAACUACAUGGGAGGGUACCAGUGUUACUGUGACAAUGGUUAUGACCUGCAGUCAGAUGGACUUACCUGCCAGCCUUCGCCUGAUGAUGAAGAAUACUCCACUCUGACCCCUUACCCCAGUGACUCUGCUCACAUACCCGGCUUGGACCCUGAUCAUGAUAAUCCCUGGUCCACCUCUUUCACCCCGGACCCAAACUUUGAAGCUGACACUAACUUUGAUGUUGACUGGCUGACAGAGGCCCCUGAGGUACUCUCCCCUGACAUGGGUCAUGGGUCAGACAAUCACCUGAACCAAUGGGAUGCCCUAUCACCAAAGCGAUAUCAGACAACCCCACCCCCGGCACAAAAAGACAACACAGGCAAUGAAAUUGACAAUGAGGCUGAAGCUAGGGAAGCUAGUGACGGGGCUGAUGUUGAAACUGCUGUUGGGACCAGGGAUGGGGAUGGGUCUAAGAUGGAAAACACAGAGGGUGUCAGUGGCACAGUGGAGGCAGACGCUGGAUCUGAUGAUGGUAAACGAAAGCAUGACAAGAGCUGGCUGCUGGUGGCCCUGCUGGUGCCUCUGUGUGUGUUCCUCGUAGUGAUGCUGGCUCUGGGGAUCGUCUACUGCACCAGCUGUGCUGUGGACAAGAGCCUGAGCUUCUCAAACUGCUAUCGCUGGAUACUCCCUACGACGCCUCCUGACAGGAGGGACGGCAAAACCCAAGCAUGAACUCUAAAAUAAACAAACACGCACACAGGUGUGUUGAAGGCCCGGGGCUGAUCACUAAAUCCACCUUUCGGAUAUGGCACAGCUGAGCGGCCCUCCCAUUCAUCAAGCAAAACUUAAUAGGCUACUUUCUGUUGCACAACCCUUGUAAAUAUUUCACUUUCUCAUCAUGUUUUUUAGAAUUCAAUAAAAUCAAUAAACUGAUGAAA